CAUCAACCCACUACAAUGCGCCGGGGUCUUCUCAUUCUCGGGCUUCUCAUCUGCCCCAGACUGGGGGUGCGUGCUGAGCCGAUCGAUGAGGUUUUCGAGGUUGCCACUGGGCCCAAUCCAGAGAGCUGUGACCCGUACCGACAGGCUCUGAAUGAGGAUGUGCAAGAAGUGAAAGUACUUGUCGGCGCGCUCAAACACGCCAUUGAACGAGUCUCCCAUCCAAACCCUUUACGUGACACCAUUGUCGCCGACAUGAUAGCCGACUUCUUUGGGAUUCGCCUGGGAGAUGGGCCUCAAGGGAUGAUGCCGGAGCCCAGAUACUGGGACGAUUGGCGCCGCCUUAAGUGUGAGAGCUUUCUUACCCUAAUGGCACACCCGGCAUCAUGGCUGAUCCCACCGGAAUCCCAGUGCCAGUUGAUUAUGAACCCAGCCUCCCAGCUUCCGGUCAAUGUCCGGGAUGCCUUUGGAGACGUUGGCGAAUACUGCUGGGCGUGGAGAUGUCGUAUAUUCUGGGUACCGGCACAGAUGAGCUAUUAUUUCACGACCCACAAGACCUGGUGUAUCGAAGAUGGACGGCAACCGGGGCUAGAAUAUAGUUUCACCGAUACCUGGCAGUCCUGGAAACAACUCACUCGGAAUAUGCAUAUUGACGUGAAGCACCUGUGGCAAGACACAGUAACGCUCUGCCCGGCGGUCUAUACCAACAACGUCAACACGCUGACGGCCUUGGACCGUCCUGACUUCGUGAACCGUCCGGGGUAUUUGAUCAUCCGCCCACGAUGCUCGGCCAUGUUCAGAGAGCUGUUUCAUGUGCUAACUGCACAUAUGGAGUACGCGGGACCGGACGCUCAAUAUCUCGGCGCUGAAAAAGUCCGCUCAUCCAGGCCAUCCCGCUCUGAUAUCUGGCGGCUCCCAGUGCACGAGGCAAUACGCGAAAGUCAAGUCUACCUACACUUCGCAGUGGCCUACUGGGCUAAGCGUAGGCGUACCAUCUAUGCCGCACAGGACGCACAGGACGCACAGGACGCACAGGACGCACAGGGGCAGUGA